CGGCUGGUGCAAGAGGAAAGGAGCAUGUCAUCACAUUGAGAAGGGUGGAGAGCAAGACUCACUGGGGGCCAUCUGCAGUCAUCUGGCCUAGUUCUCAGCCAGGGGUCCUGAUUCUCAUAAUCUAUUCUGCUCUUUUGAAACACCUAGCUAAAGUUGCUUUCUGUUGCUCACAACCAAAAGCCCCCAGGGCAUAUCAUCACAGCCAAGCCUGCUCUCUGGUGGCCUUCCCAGUGUCUGAGGGCUCUCUCUGCAUUCUCCCCUUUAUGUCCUGUGUCUGUGCCAUCUGCUUUUGGAUCAAGCAGAUCCAAAAUUCGGGUCCUUUUGAAAAUUCCCCUUUGUUGUUCCUGAGCCAGGGUCAGAGAGUAAAGGGAGGGUGAUGUGAAGGCGUUUGUGUGCACUGGGCUGUGCGUCCCCUUCCUCUGGCCCUUUCAGGGAGUCUGCUCCCAGAUUUUGGUUAGCCAGGCAGCUCAGGGAUGCCUUCCAUCUCGCACAGUUGCCAGUGCUGAUGCGAACAACGCAUAUUACGGAAAUCCACAUUACUGAGGGAUGUCCACAGAGUAGGCCGGAAGGUCUCCUGCUGCCACCAGUAGCAAAGUUUCCAGGAACUGGCAGCCUGAUAUGAGCUCAGGAGACCUGGAAUUGGGAUGCUAAGAUUUGCACGUUCAAAUCACCAUUAGGUGAUGGAUGAUUCUGAGACCUUUUAUCAUUAAUUCAACAAAUAUUUACUGAGAACCUACUAUGUGCCUAGGCACUGGGGAUAUUACUGUGUAAAAACAUGUAGCUUAUAGGGAGCUUAUGUUCUAACAGAAUGUGAUCUUUUCUAUGUGUUGGGUUCUGGAUAUACAAAAGCUAACAAAAUUCAGCCUCAAUGAUUUCAUAACUAUCAGCUGUACCUUCCUCACAUGUACAGUGAGGUUAAAAUAACGAUUUCACAGGGCUGUUUAGAGGAUUAUAUAAAAUAAUGCACAGCCACGUUCUUGGCUUUUAAGUCUCAACAAAUAUUACUUUCUCCAUGAAAAGUUAAAACAAGUUACACUUAACUUCACAAGCCACCGGUCAGCCUGACUGCCAGGCGGGCCCUGAACGCCUCUUCUGACGUUGCCCUUGACAACUACCUACUGUACCUACCUACCUGGCUUUGAAGCCUGCAGCCCUUGGACCACGGUUUAUGCUGGGCGCCAAUGGAAACCCGGCGUGCUGGGAACACACUGCGGCCACUAGGGGGCAGCGCACUGCAGGGAAUCUUUGCAGUCGACCCCUGCCCACCGCCAAACUUCCCAGCUGCUCCCGGUCCUCCGUACGUACUUCCGUUCCUCUGACGCUCGCAGAAGCCGGGGCGUCGGGAAGGAGAGCGCAAAUUCUUCCUCCUCUGCACCUCCUGAGGAGAAAUUGCAGCGGGGUUCACGAGACGGCGUCGCAGUGGGCGCUGGGGUCUCCCGCACUGCGCCGGCCCGGGCGCGGCGGGGAGCCGGGUGCCCUGCGCCAGGCUUCGGGUCUGGUGGGCAGCGGCGCCAGCCUCCGACUCGCGAUUCCAGAGAGGGCGGCCAGCUGCCGGGAGGAACCGGAGCCGGUCCUGGGUGCCCCUGCCAACCCCAGCACCUCCCCCUCCUGCUUCGCGGGGAUCCCCGGCACCCACGCCCCCAGCUCCAGGGUUGUCACUUCUGCGCGCCGCCUGGAAAGGGGAACGGACCUGGAGCGCUCCGCGGAGUUGUCGAGGAGGAUGCCCGGGUGUUGGUUAUGUCCCCAAGCAGCUCGCCGGAGCUCGCAAGGAAGGCAGUCGAGAUAACACAGCCCAAACUUUCCUUCGCUGCAGCGUGGGGAGGAAACAUCCCUGUUUGAGGUUCACGGAGAGCCGAAGGGAAGACUCGGGAAACCGGGAAGGGAUAGGGCCCAACCUGCAUAGGAGCGAACGCUCGGAGUUCCUGGGAACACUGGAGGUGCCCUAAAGGGCAGGACUAGUUGCCGGCGUGCACCCAGGCGAAGGAAGGUCCAGCGGGUGCAGCGGCUCCUUUCUUGCGCCCCUCAGUGACCGUGACCUCCGCGCGCUCGCCGCGCACAUGCUCGCGGCGGAGGAAGAGGAAGGGUCUGGCUGAACCCGCUGGGGACAGCGACUUGCGGGCUGGCCCUGGGUGCAUGGAGGCACAGCUGGGGCGGUGCGGCUCAGCAGUGGCGCGAGGGAGCGCGCACGCUGCGCCCCGGCAUCCCUGGGGACCCGACCGGCUGCUCCCUGUACUUCCUGCUGCGGGGCUCCGGGCCGCUGGCGGCCACUUUGAGCACAGAGCGGGCUGAGUGUCGUGCCCAGCCUCGUCCCUGGACCCUUGCGCAGGGCGGACCCUGGGCAGCACGGGUGUAACCGGGAGCCACGGGCGCCGGGCUCCCCGAAGGACUGGUGGGCUCUGCUGGCCGGCACUUGGCUCGCGGGGCGUGGAACUCUGGUCCCCGCUACGCAGGCCGGUCGGCGCGCCACUUUGCGCCGCCGUGGCCCUGCUUCGGGCCGCCAGCCGGGGUGAAGGAAGUCCUGGCGGAGCCUGGCUUCGCUGCGGCCGCUUGGACGCCAUCCUGAUGCUCGCUGCCUGCGGCGGGCCCCGCUCCAGCCCCAGGACCUAGGCAGCUGCGCGCGGCCGCCGCCGGCGCCUCCCCCAUGCUGCUCGGAGCGUCCUGGCUGUGUGCGUCCAAGGCGGCCGCCGCUGCUGCGCAGAGCGAGGGCGACGACGACAAGCCGGGAGAACGGUGGCGGCGGCGGGAGGCGGCCACGGCCGCGGCGUCUGGAGAGGACAUGGACGAGUCGUCCCUGCUGGACUUGCUGGAGUGCUCCGUGUGCCUGGAGCGCCUGGACACCACGGCCAAAGUGCUGCCGUGUCAGCACACCUUCUGCCGCCGCUGCCUGGAGAGCAUCGUGUGCUCGCGCCACGAGCUGCGCUGCCCUGAGUGCCGCAUCCUGGUGGGCUGCGGCGUGGACGAACUGCCCGCCAACAUCCUGCUGGUACGCCUGUUGGACGGCAUCCGUCAGCGGCCCCGCGCUGGCACUAGCCCUGGCGGCAGCCCACCCGCGCGCCCUGGCCCAGGAUCGGGGGCGGCCUCUGAGCUCGCGGGUGGCGGGGGCAGCGCGGUGGGCAGUGCGGCUGGUAGCGCCCCGAGCUCCCCGGGCUUCCCCUUGGCCGUGGGCAGCGCCACCGCAAGUCUGCGCGACCUGGCGACCAGCAGGAGUGCGCCCCUGGCAAAGAAUCCUUCCCAGCUUCCAUACGGCAAAGCCCUCUACAGUUACGAGGGGAAAGAACCUGGUGAUCUCAAGUUCAACAAGGGCGACGUCAUCAUCCUGCGGCGAAGGGUGGAUGAGAACUGGUUCCACGGGGAGCUGCACGGCGUGCAAGGCUUCCUGCCAGCCAGCUACGUGCAGUGCCUCCGGCCUUUGCCGCCCGCCCCUCCCCAAGGCAAAGCCCUGUAUGACUUCGAGAUGAAGGACCAAGACCAGGACAAGGACUGUCUGAGUUUCAGCAAGGAUGAAAUCCUGACUGUGAUCAGAAGAGUGGAUGACAACUGGGCAGAGGGAAUGCUGGGAGACAAGAUUGGAAUUUUCCCCCUCCUGUAUGUGGAGCUCAACGACUCUGCCAAGCAGCUCAUUGAGAUGGACAAGCCCUGCCCAACUGCUGUGUCUGGCUGCCACGCCUUGUUGCCCUCCGACUCUGGUGCAGUGGCCAGUGUGGCCCCGGGUCCCACUUUAAGCAGCACAGGGGCAGUCAGUGCCUUUCAGCAGCGUGUGGACGGCAAGAAGAAUGCCAAGAAACGCCACUCCUUCACGGCGCUCAGCGUGACACACAGGUCCUCGCAGGCCGCCAGCCACAGGCAUUCCAUGGAAAUUAGUGCUCCCGUUCUGAUCAGCUCCAGUGAUCCCCGAGCCGCGGCCAGGAUCGGGGACCUGGCUCAUCUGUCCUGCAGCGCUCCCGCCCAGGACUCUUCCUCCUCGGCCGGAUGUGUCCCAGUGGCUGAACAGCAGGGCACGGCUCCCAAAGUCCAGCUGCCCCUCAACGUGUACCUGGCGCUCUAUGCCUACAAGCCCCAGAAGAAUGACGAGCUGGAGCUGCGCAAGGGUGAGAUGUACCGUGUCCUUGAAAAGUGUCAGGACGGCUGGUUCAAGGGGACAUCGCUGAGGACUGGGCUCUCCGGGGUAUUCCCAGGAAACUACGUGACGCCUGCCUCCAGGGCUCCCUUAGGAGGGCCAGGGCCAACCCGGAAUAAUGUGGCUGGAGGGUCUCCACUGGCCAAAGGGAUGGCUACAACCAUGCACCCAGGCGGUGGCAGCCUGAGCAGCCCUGCCACUGCCACGAGGCCCGCCCUUCCCCUCACCACACCCCAGGCCCAGGCCCAGCACCAGGCAGCCUCUCCCCCAAUGAGCAGCUGUCUGCGGCACUCAGUCCAGCCGGUGGCCAGCCAAGCCCGGAGCACUGUCCCCACAGCUGCCCACUCCUCAGCUCAGGCUCAGGACCGACCGACCGCCACAGUGUCGCCCCUGCGCACCCAGAACUCCCCAUCCCGCCUGCCCACCACCAGCCUCAGGCCUCACUCCAUGGCGUCCCCGCAGCACAUCCACCAGCCCCCGAUGCAGACAGUCACUGGUGUCCAGUGUCCCCGGCCAGUCAUCCCACUCACGUCAGCAGCAUCGGCCAUCACACCUCCCAACGUCAAUGCAGCCAAUCUCAAUGGGGAAGUCGGAGGGGGGGCCAUCAGUGGCCUGUCAACAUCCAGCCCCACCAACACAGGAUGCAGACCAGAGGAGAAGAAAAAUGAAAAGAAAGAGAAGAAGACUGGACUACUGAAGCUUCUAGCCGGAGCGUCCACCAAGAAGAAGUCUCGCUCCCCACCAUCCAUCUCUCCCACCCAUGACCCCCAGCUGGCAAUAGACGCCUCACUCCAGGGUGCAGUGGGGCCUGAGGUGUCCUCGUUGUCCAUCCAUGGCCGGGCAGGGUCCUGCCCCAUAGAGAGCGAGAUGCAGGGCGCGAUGGGGAUGGAGCCCCUGCACAGAAAGGCGGGCUCCUUGGAUCUGAACUUCUCCUCAUCCCCUUCCAAGCAAGCCCUUCUCUCCAUGGCUGCCAUCCGCCCUGAACCCAAGCCGUUGCCCAGAGAGAGGUACCGUGUGGUGGUCUCGUACCCACCCCAGAGUGAGGCAGAGAUCGAGCUGAAGGAAGGUGACAUUGUCUUUGUGCACAAGAAGCGUGAGGACGGCUGGUACAAGGGGACCCUCCAGAGGAAUGGCCGCACUGGCCUCUUCCCGGGCAGCUUCGUCGAGAGCUUCUGAGGACAUGCUCUCCACACCAUGCUCAGCAGGGAGGAAGGCCUCCCGGGAAGCCCCAAGGCACAAGGGGACAGCCACAACACCUGAGGGUCCCACGUCCCUUCCAAGGCCCCUGGCAGGAGAUACCAUAGCCUGGGAUGGGGGCCCAGGGGUGUGGAGGUCGUGCCUUCGCCCACAACCCCUAACCAAGAGCACACCCUGGGGUUCUCCAACAAGAUGCCUACUCCCCCUGUGUGAACUGUAAAGAGACAUCUUUAAAACAAGAGAGGAAGAUGCUGAUGGGGGUUGUUUGCUGCUGUGACUUGCUGCCGAGCUGCAGCACUCUUGUCUGCCGCCUGGGCAAGGCUGGAAGUUGCAGAAGAGCUGCGGGAGCUUGGGUGGGUGGGCAUGGGGCCCAGAGCGUUUGCAGAAUGUCUUUACGGGCUGUCUGGGCUGCACAUGGGGGUUCAAACUGCUCCAUCACCUCUCUAUAUACCUCAGUCACCUGCCACCUAGCCACUCAGCAAGGGUGUUCCCAGCCCAGGCCUUCACCGGGGCAUGAGCAUCCCCCAGCACACCCCUCGCGCAGCUCCUGUUGGGGCUCAGGCAGCCCCAUUUGGCUUUGUCUCCUGCCAGUAUUACAAGCAACACUUUUUGUUUGCCACCACUGUCCCUUUGCAUCACUUCUUUCUUACAACAUCUUUUUAAUGUAAAGCUGUUAGACUUUAUAUAUUUCUAAUAGGUCAUACAUUGCCUAUUUUUCAUACAUCUGGUGCUGCCUUUUUGUAAUGACUUGGUUGAACUUGAAAGAAAAAAUGUCUGAGGAGACAUCAAACGGGCAGGAUUUUUAUAUUUACCAUAUGAAUUUAGGAGAACUCUGAAAAGCCCACAUCCUCAGCAUCACGAUGUUGGCUGCAGCUCCACAGGAUAAGAGGGAAUCCAUUUAGGGGGUUGGAGGGAGUUUGGAAAAAAAACCAGUUUCUUUAAACCCUUACCAGAGCCGUGUGCUCUGUCUAGACAGUGAUAAUUAUUAUUCAAGAACUGGAAACAUUUCGAGGAAAGGUCACUAUAAUUGCCUUUUGGGUGGCAGUAAAAAGAACGUGAAGGUCGACCCCCACUAAGAAGGUGGAAUUUCCCUUUUAUUGCUUAGAGAGAAUGACUACAAUUAGCAUCAUCAAAAUAUGAUUUCUCAGUAUUGAAAUGUGCAGUUUUUACCACAGUUCAGGUGUAAACCUUCACAGUUUACAAAACCUUGUGACGGUUUUGCCUUUUUUUUUUUUUAAAUAAAUACCUGUGCUCCUAUCAGGCAUUGCACACCUUGGUCUAGUGACUAGAGGUACAACGAGGAUAACAGGGGACUGAGUCCUCUCUGCAGACUUGUAGGAUCAGAGAAGCUGGGAUGGGAGACACAGAGGAGGAAGGGGAGGCUGUGAACUUGGGGCCUUCCCCUCCGUGGGGCCCAGGAAACGUAUUCAUGCGCCCAACAGCCUGCUUCCCACAGGCACUGCCUGCAGGGUCCCUGUCACGAGGCAGCCUUGUUCUCAAGAGAGUCACAGCUCACGAAUACAUUCUUACCAUGUUCAAAGUCACAAUUCUUAAACCCUCACUAUAUAUAUUUUUACAAAACCACUCAGGUUUAAAUUAGGCUGAAUAAAUUAGCCUUUGGUAACAUAAGAUCUCCCUGAUUUUUAGGGAUGCAACGAAAUCCAGACACCCAUUCCCUCGCUGGGCAUGAUGCCUUUGAAAUAUGAAUACUUAUUUUCAGAGUUCCUAUUUUGGGAUGUGACUUGGCUACUUGUUCCUACCAGGUGGCUACCACGCUGGUGGGAUGGCGCCUAGAGAAAGGCUCAUUUCCUCUCUCCAAAUGACAAUAGAUUUAAUAGACUUGAGAAAUUUGUUCUGAAUCAAAGAAAAUAAAAAUCCAGUUUAAGCAUAGGAAGCCCUGUGCAUGGAGUUAAUGACAACCAGAGGGUAUCCAUUUGCAAUCAGUUGCCAGAUUAAUUGUCUCUGAUGCACAAAAAUCAUGUGUGUUUAAAAUCAUGUCAUCACCAAAAACAUGCAUGGAUUAACACACUGAGUGAGACACAUGUUCUUCUCUGAAACCAGAACUAACUCAAAUCCCCAGAUAAUAAGGGAAACUUUUUUUUUCUUUUUAAACGAAGGCAGUUACCAAGCAACAGAAUAGACUAACUUGGACCUUCUUUCCUUUCAGGGCUACCGCCCACAUGAUGCUCAUGGUAGAUAGGAAUUACUGAACAGCCCAGUGAUGGUGGGUGAGGUGGCAGCCCACCGGGACCCAGCACCCCUCACAACAGAGCCAGGCCAAGUGUCCAGUGUUUUUGCAAGGCAUCAGCUGGCCCCUCUUGUGGCAGAGUCAGGGGAAGGCAUUGGUACUGCCUUGGGAAGGAAAGUGAUGCCGUAGGCCUAGCCAGCCAGAAAUCUCUAAGGAGGGGCUCCCAGAGCAAAUGCUGGGCAACCAGAGAGCAGGGAGGUAGGUGCACAACAGGCCCCAUGCUUUGGACUGAGUGUUUCCAAACGUGUUCAGUCUUCAUGACCAUUUAGCCCACAGACAAGAGCAGGAGCUGAAUUAGGCCCCUCCUUGGGGCCUUCUUGCCUCGAAAGGCUCACUUAUUCUGGUUACUAAGGUGAAACAACACCUUGUCUGAAGCCCUCACGCUCUAUCCUGGCCCAGGGACUUACACACUUUGGGUGUGCAGUGGCACUUGGCAGCCAAGGUGACUUGAUUUGAGGAGCACAGUAGAGUCCAUAGCCACCACUGAGUGAGGUCAGUGGACACCAAGGUGACAGGGAUACCUAGGCCACCAGAGGACCAUGGGAGGGAAGUGGGGAGACAGAGCCAGGCAAGAGCUUCCCCGACUCCAGUGCCCCACAUAAGCUGAGUGGCCUGGCUGGGGAUUUCUUUGUACUUUGCACAGUUCACACACACAUACACACACACACACACACACACCCCAAUGUUUUUGUUAUACACAAAUGUCAGUGUGUGAUUUUGGAAGAAUUGCCAGUGAUGACAAACUAUGAUGCCUGUGUUUCCAAGUCUUUAAAUAAAAAUGAAC